GUUUUCCAGUAUGACGAGAGCGUUACCGGCUGCCGGUUGUUCAGUCGUGUAGCAGCGCGCAACUAUGUGUAGUGUACUUGGAAAACAUCAAGAUACGCUGAACGAUUUUGUACGAAAGCGUGAAAUUACAAAAUAAGCAUUUAAUACAAUAUCCAAGCAAUGAAAUUAAUCCGACAACAACAAAAGUUUAUAUUGAAUUGUGACAAACUGCCAUUUUCAAGUGAUAUAUUUAUAUUACAUUUAUUUUAAAUGGUCCCUAAUAGGAUUUGAAAGUGAGAAAGUUUCUACAAAGUUUCUGUGCUAAAAUAUUGCUGUGUUAAAAUAAGUUCAAGUGCAGUUUAAACAAUCCUUCACCCCAAAAUCACACCAAUUCCGUUACGACCCGAGCAGGUCCAAACAGGAACACAACAUUUGGAUUUAAAUGGAUACCGCUAAAAAAACAGGAAGGAAACAUAGCACAAUGACAUCGGCAAUGUUUUUCAUUUCUGUGGUGCUGUCUUUAGUUAAAGAAUCUAUGGCUCUACCAAGUGGACACUUUCCAGACAGCAAUUUUCUAGAGGAAGAUAGAUAUUCUCCUGGAUUUCUCACACUAGGACAAAAGUACAGUAUAGCGAUCGGUUCUACAGUAGUGUUGCCGUGUAAAAUUAAUGAAACAGAAAACUCUAGUCAAUAUGUGCUGGCAUGGAAACGCGACAUUGCCGUACUAACGGCUGGAAAUGUGAAGGUUACCGUUAAUCCGAGAAUUCGCUUAAUGCCAGUGCAAGCGCAUACUGAUCCACAUGGAUCGUUGUCAACCGGGUAUAACUUAGAAAUCCGAGACGUGCGCAAUUCGGAUGCUGGGGACUACAUUUGUCAGAUUGGUUCGAUGGAACCGAAAGAAAUUGUACAUACACUUGAAAUUUUAGUACCUCCAAAAAUAGACUACAUUUCACCAUCGAACAAAAUGGACAUUCAUAAAGGAGCACCGAUACGCAUGGAAUGUCGAGCAUCCGGUAAUCCGACUCCAAAAAUUGUGUGGUCCAGAAAGAAUAACAUGAUGCCAAAUGGAGAGGCAAACAAGACGGGCAACGUACUCGACAUACUGCAUGCUAACCGACACACCAGUGGUCAUUACAAAUGUACUGCAGAUAAUCGUGUCGGUCAACCGGACACCAGAGAGGUUUUCGUAAAUGUAUUAUAUCCUCCAGAAAUUGAAGUAGAACAACCAACUGUGCAUAGUGGAAUCGGUCACGAGGCUCAGCUGGUGUGUAUCGUUCAUGGAGAGCCUACGCCAAGUGUGGUCUGGUAUCAAGACACUACUCAACUCGGAAUAACAGAGCAGUUCUCACAACAGAAUCGGGGCAACAAGUACAGUCUCGUUAUUCGUAAUGUUACAUACUCAGAUAUUGGGAACUACACUUGUCAGGCAUCGAACGCUCUUGGCAAAGACCGUGGCACGCUGUCCCUCAGCGGAUUGCCAACGCUAUGUUACUUUGACUCGCCAACACUCAGCAGCUAUCGAGAUCAGUACAACAUCUCCUGGACUGUACAAAGCUACUCUCCAAUCCGCGAAUAUCGUCUGUUCUUCCGGCUUGCCUCGAAAAGCAUGCAUCUUUUGCACCACGAGAACCCCCUUGACAAUCACAUCUACAGUGAUCGACCAGCAACAAACAGCCACCUGUAUAGCAGCCCAUUCAGCGGCAGCGUCAGUGCCCACGGUGGCGACCAGUGGGAAAACGUUGUCAUACCGGAGAUGAAUGAUUACGGUGCACCCAAUCACUUCUACAAUUUGGUGCCUCCGUACGCCACGUCCGUACGCCAACCCACUAUUCGGCAUCGGAUGAGCUUUCAGCUGAAGAACCUCAAACCAGCUAGCAACUAUGAAGCACGGGUACAGGCGCGGAACGAUCAUGGUUGGAACAAGCUGUCGAGUAUAUUUCACUUCUCCACUCGUUCGGAAGAUAUGGAACUGGAGCCAUCCGCACAACCUGCCGUCCACGGUGCCGGGUUGCUAGAUAAGGGACUGCUGAGCAGCAGCGAUGCUAGUACGAUCACAGGCACUCAUUUACAUAAAUCAUGGACACUUUCCAUUUUCAUCGUAUUAAUUACCACACACCUACUGCCGUCGUUGUAUCACGCUGCCUUAUCGGUGGUAUGAUUUGCGUAUCUUCCACUUUCCAUUCCAAUGAAUCAUUGAAAACUCGCUACAUGGAUUCGCAUGUACGCCGAGCAUCGUCACUUCCGUUUCGCCGUACUACUACACCGUCGGAGUCACCAAAAAUCCACCGAAUUUCCUCACCGGGGCACUGUGUGUUAUGGAACCGCAGGUAUGGAAACAUAUUAUCAACAGCAACCACUAAUUUAUGGGCAACAGAAUAUUCAAGCAUGCAAUCGACGAUACUCAAUUUCAAUUUGCCAUUAAUCUAGUAAAUUAAGUUCAGUUCAUACACAGCACGUACUCCCAGACCUUAUCAUGAGUUAUGGACAAAUGAGACAGUUGUUUCGAUUACGAUGUCAACAAAAUUGCAUACUAAGAAGUUUAAGGGACAACCAUGUGGUGCUCUUACAAUAGUGUUUCAUAUAUUUCGGAACAGAAUAAGCGCCACCGCUAUGUUCGCUGUUUUUUUUUUUUGGUUGAUUUGAUCAUUGUUCCGCUGCCGUGUUUAUCGAUACAAUCACAAUCAAACAUAGAUUGAUUCAAUUGACAAGGAAUUUUUAUAUUUCUAAAUGAAACACAAUAGAAUUUCAUAUGCAGUUAGGUAAAUGAUGUAGAUAAAUACUUUUGCCAUGAAAAUAACUACCCAAUACUUUGAUUAAAGCUUAGUUGGAAACAAACAACGCUCUAGCUGAAGCCACAAAAAUUAAUUACAACAAAUGGCAAAUAGUAUGGAAGUGCUUGACAUGGUUAGUGUAAUAUAUUAAAUGCAUUUACAAUAAGGGUCACUACGAAACUGUGCGGCUAGAGAAAAUGGGAAAAUAUACGAACGCGAUACCAAAGAGUUAUCGUUCCAGCUUAUAACAAUCUUCCCUUAAAUCUUGUAAGUGUAUUAAACAGAAUUGAUCCUAAAGUAUUUUAUGCUCGUCAGCUUGGUAAUGUCCAUUUAUCAUUCGUCACAUCACUUCCAUUACUCGCUAGAGCCACUGUCUUUACCAAUCAUGAAAACAAACUCAAAUGAUGUUACAUAUACCAUUGCCAACACAGAUACUUUCAAAGACGUGUAGUUAGUCGACCUCGUCAUACCAAUGUGCGACGUAACAACAUACCCUUUUUGUGGGUUCAAAUCAGGAAAGGAAACCGAAUACUGAUAUUCCUGACCACCCUGUUCUCAGA